UGAACGUUAAACAAAAAGAUGCAGAAACAUCAACCAAAAUAAGAAAAACAUCCACGGCAGAGCCUUUUGGGUAAGAUGGAUCCAGAUCAGAUGGGAGGGAUCCCACCCACGGGACCAGGCUCCUAUCGUCUCCUUCACCAUCAUUCCCAAAAGGCUCCUCUGUUCAGAAAUUACCUAGCAAAAGGAGGCUAAAAUAUUGCCGGAAUCAGCUCGGUUUUCUCCUUUCUCUUGCUAUCAUCUCCGGCAAUCCCAAACUCAGACCAAAAGAACAACCAAGAGAAAACCCCAACCAAAAGAGAACCCCCCAACCAAAAGAGAGCCCCCUCUUUCUUUUCGGACUUAUCUCCUCUGUUUCUCUUUUUUUUUUUCUUCCGUCCCCCCCCUUGUAUUCUGCUUUUUGCUCCAUAUAUAUACCCAAAUAAAAGAUAAAAUAAAAAUAAAUAAUAAUAAAAAAAAAGGCCUUGCUCUGUCAAUCAAUGAUGAAGAUUUUCUGGCAUGUACUGUAGCGAGCAGAGGCAGGGGUAUGGCUCGGUGCAGAGGGCAUGAUUGCUGGCGCAGAGUGCAAGCGUGCAAGCAACGUGGGUUCGGCUCAGCAGGCGGCAAGGGCUGGUUCGGUGCAGCAACAGGGCGCAGAGCAGGAUCGGUGCAGAGCAGGGGGCGCUGAGCAGGGCUGAUUCGCGGUGUGUGGGGGGGCAGCAGUGCAGGGGCGCAGGCGAGCAAAGGGGCUUGGAGCAGGGCAAGGUUCGGGUGUGUGGGAUUGGGGAAGAAGUUUCCAGAUCCAAUUUUUUUAUUUCC